AUGCCUCACGGGGGCGGCACCAACGCCGAGGUAGAGCUUACUGCUCACGGCAAGGCGAAACUCGACAACACAACAACAAAUUCGAGGAGCGAUGGGCAAAAUGGCUUAUCGUCAAAUUUGCUUGGUCCAAAGUCUGAAGCCUUUAUGCCAGAAUCUAUACGAGUAAUGACUCCAAGUCCAGUUCUUAGCGGCCGAUUGUCACCGCUGUCACACGCCGACAUUUACAACGGGCAGCCCGGGUUCACUCAGCGACAGUCCUUCAUACAAAAAUUCUGGCACAAUAAUCUCCCGUCAAUAUGUGUUGCGCUAGCCCAGUUAUUUGGAGCCCUCAUGAACCUCAGCGCCAGAUUCAUGGAGCUAGAAGGUGAUGGCAUGCAUCCUGUACAGCUGUUGUUCUACAGGCAAGGUCUCAGUGCACUUGGUUGCUCGAUAUACAUGUGGAGGGCCGGCUUUGCCGACUUUCCCAUUCCGCAUAAGGGUGCUCGGUUACUACUAUUCCUCCGUUCCUUUUCUGGCUUUUUUGGAAUAUUCGGUAUGUGGUACUCAAUGAUGUAUCUACCGCUGGCCGAUGCAACAGUCAUCACCUUCCUGGCUCCCGGCGUAGCCGGCAUUAUGUGUUACUUUGCGAUGCGCACACCAUUUACGAAAAUGGAGCAACUGGCUACGCUAAUAGCUUUCUUUGGCGUUGUUCUCAUUGCACAGCCUGCCACCUUUUUUGUCGACUCAGGCAAAACCUCCGGCCAUGAGGAGCGUGCAGUUGGGGCUCUUCCGGGCAUGGACCAUGAAGCAACGGCGAGUGAGCGUCUCGUCGCUGUCGCUGUUGCGAUGCUUGGUGUUAUUGGUGCGGCCGGUGCUUUUACGAGUCUGCGAGCCAUCGGCAAGAAAGCCAAUCCCCUCGUCUCCGUCAACGCCUUUGCAGUCAUCAGUACUCUGAUGUGUGCGAUUAUACUUUGCGCAGCACCAGCACUCAACAUUUCACAGCCUACAUUACGCUGGAAAUUUACAUACUCUGUCAAGCAAUUCUUUCUCAUCAUCUUGAUCAGUCUUUUUGGCCUGAUAAUGCAAUUUCUGCUCACUACGGGUCUCAGCAAAGACAAAUCGAACAAGGCCAAUUCUAUGAUAUACACUCAUAUGUUGUUUGCUGCGAGCUUUGACUGGUGGGUUUUCGGCCACAGGAUGGGAUUCGUCAGUUUCCUGGGAUGUGCAUUGAUUCUCGGCAGCGCUAUCGGCGUAGUGUUGCUGAAAAGGGCACCUAAAGUUGCAGCAAAAGUGGAAGAUUGUGAGGCGCAACCAAAUUUACUUGAUGAGGCCGAGGGCGCACCCAUGCUCAUGGAUGGCGGCGGCGCAGGCGCAAAUACAGAACUAAACGUCUACCGCCCACAAUAG